AAGAAACAACGGGAAAUGCGAUUGAAAACUGACGUCACGAAUAACAACCGCGGUUAGACGGGAACGCCGUGACCCUCGUGAGUGUUAACCACACGCAGCUACUGAACUGUCACACCUCGAUUACAUAGUUGUUUACCGGCUUGUUUAUUUUUGCGAGGUUACGAGAUGAAGCUUCAAGUGGACGGAUUGCUAGUGUACUUUCCUUAUGAAUAUAUUUAUCCGGAACAGUAUGCAUAUAUGCUGGAGUUAAAGCGAGCGCUAGAUGCGAAAGGGCACUGCCUCCUAGAGAUGCCCUCGGGGACCGGCAAAACAGCCACUCUGCUGUCUUUAAUUGUAGCUUACAUGAUUGAACAUCCCGAUGCAGUCCGCAAACUUGUAUACUGCUCGCGUACAGUCCCUGAGAUAGAGAAGGUUGUGGCAGAGUUGAAAAAUUUGAUAGCCUACUAUGAAUCACACGCAGUGGAAAAGCCUGAAUUGACCGGACUGGUACUAAGUUCAAGGAAGAACAUGUGCAUCCAUCCGGAAGUGAGUAGGGAACGGGAAGGGAAGAUUGUUGAUGCCAAAUGCUACGGACUAACGGCAAGUUAUGUGAGGGAAAGGGCAGAAAUUGAUUCAACAGUUCCAAUAUGUCAAUACUACGAGGGUUUCAGCAUUGAAGGCAAAGAGUCUCAUUUGCCGGCAGGGAUUUAUACUUUGGAUGACCUAAAAGAGUACGGUCGCACCAGGAAUUGGUGUCCUUAUUUUCUGGCUCGUUAUGCUAUCGUUCACGCUCAAAUCGUUGUCUACAGUUACCACUACCUACUUGAUCCAAAAAUUGCAGAAGUCGUCUCAAAAGAGAUCCCCAGAGAAUCAGUUAUUGUGUUUGAUGAAGCUCAUAAUAUAGAUAAUGUGUGCAUCGAUUCGAUGAGUGUAAAGAUCAAUCGCAGAACAAUCGAAAGAAGCACCACGGCUUUGUCGAUGUUAGAGAAAAUUGUUCAAGAGAUCAAGGAAGAUGAUUCGAAACGAAUUGCCGAUGAAUAUCAACGGAUGGUACAGGGAUUGAAAGACGCAAGUGUAGCGCGUGAUACAGACAUGGUGUUAGCUAAUCCAGUACUUCCUGAUGACAUCCUAAGAGAGGUUGUUCCUGGCAAUAUACGGAAUGCUGAUCACUUCCUUCUAUUUCUCAAACGCUUCGUCGAGUAUAUUAAGACCCGUCUGAGAGUUCAGCAUGUUGUUCAAGAAUCGCCGGCCGGUUUUCUCAAAGAUGUAUCGCAAAAAGUUUGUAUCGAGCGUAAGCCCCUUCGAUUUUGUGCUGAAAGACUAGCAUCGCUGCUGAGAACUAUGGAGAUAACAGACUUAACGGAGUACGGUGGUUUGAUAGUGAUAACGCAUCUGGCGACGUUGGUUUCCACUUACACCAAGGGUUUCACCAUUAUAGUCGAACCAUUCGAUGACAAAACGCCCACAGUAGCUAAUCCGAUAAUGCAUUUUAGUUGUUUGGAUUCAUCAAUUGCCAUGCGGCCAAUUUUUCAACGAUUUCAGAGUGUCGUCAUAACUUCUGGAACCCUUUCUCCGAUGGAUAUGUAUCCGAAGAUUUUGGAUUUCGAACCAGUGAUAAUGAGCUCCUUCACGAUGACGCUCGCACGACCUUGCUUAUUGCCAAUGAUAGUCUCGAAAGGCAACGACCAAGUUGCAAUAUCAUCUAAGUUUGAAACGCGCGAAGACACCGCAGUUAUUCGAAACUAUGGGCAACUCCUUGUUGAAACAGCGAAAACUGUGCCAGAUGGCAUUGUUUGCUUUUUCACAUCCUACCUGUAUCUAGAAUCAGUAGUUGCGUCAUGGUAUGAUCAAGGAAUCGUUGACACUUUACUACGUUAUAAGCUUUUGUUCAUCGAAACCCAAGAUAACGCUGAAACAAGUUAUGCUUUGAUGCAUUACGUGAAGGCAUGUGACUGUGGGCGUGGCGCUGUCCUUCUGGCUGUUGCCAGAGGAAAAGUAUCAGAAGGAGUUGAUUUUGAUCAUCAUUAUGGUCGCGCCGUAUUAAUGUUUGGAAUACCGUAUGUUUAUACACAAUCGCGUAUCCUUAAAGCACGCUUAGACUACUUACGGGAUCAGUUUCAAAUCCGUGAAAAUGACUUUCUAACAUUCGAUGCCAUGCGGCAUGCAGCUCAGUGCGUUGGACGAGCACUACGUGGCAAGACGGAUUAUGGUAUUAUGAUUUUCGCGGAUAAACGAUUUUCGCGACAGGACAAACGAAGCAAAUUACCAAAGUGGAUACAGGAACAUUUAACAGAUAACUAUUGCAACUUAAGUACAGAGGAAGCGAUGCAGAUAGCGAGACGUUGGUUAAAACAUAUGGCACAACCAUUUACAAGAGAAGAUCAACUAGGAGUAUCACUGCUAACUUUAGAGCAACUCGAAACCAUGGAACGCGAGAAGGCAGCGGAGAGGGAAAUCGAGCAGGCUGCGAAAAGUGAUGUAGAAUAGUUGUUGGAGAAAGAUGUUCAGUGAAUUAGUCAUCGUUUACGUCACUUUAGGGGACAAUACAGCGCAGACUUCGAUUUUUUAGAAUUGCAGAUUACAAACCUAAUAAGCAAAUUUUACAAAUCGUGAUCGACACUCAAAUUUUCGGAAGAGAAAUGUUUUUAACAAAAGAGAUUUAGUAUCCUUCAAGUUAAUCAUUAG